AAACCUUAUAAGUCGCGGUGACCUUUCAGCUGUGACUUCGCAAGGCAUACUUGUUGUUCUUCGGCGAUACAUCAACGUUACCUUGCACGGCUAAGCACGAAAGCCCCGCGCAUCCAUCAUGAACAGUUUUGAAAAGUAGUUCGUGCCCUACCAGAAGCAGUCACAAAUGCUAGGCUAGGGUGCUUACUGGUCGUUGGCAGCAUGCAGUCUGUCAGCGGACGAGAAUGAAAAUGUUUUGCUGCUUCCGUGGAGUGUCAAGUGUUUCCGCUGAGCCUUCAGUAUCUAGUCUACCUUUGUGCCUGCAGCAAGAAAGCCGUGGUGCAUCUCAAGCCGAUGGUCCACCACCUCCCAAGGCUGUUUCUGUCCUGCAGGAAUCAGCGGUAGCACAGUCAAGCUUGCACUCAUCCAAACUCGGCGAUGCCGAGCUAAGUAGCGAAUGUGUAAAGGGGAGAUUGCCGCAGGAGAGAAGUGAAGCCCCUUCCCCAGCGCCACCAAACAAUGUCUGGACAAACUUAGUUCAUGAAGUGCAAGCAUCCACGCCUCAGCAGUCCGGAGCUACUGUGAACGCACCCCGUCGGUGCGAGAGCGAGGUCGAUGGUGUGGAACUGCGGCUGCCCGAAGGCCUCAGCCCCAUUGCCUUACAAGACCUUGUCUCGCAGCUCGCGACCCUGUCCGACCCAGUUGCUCUCGUCCUAGUGGAGCGGACCACCAAGCGGGUGGUCCGCACGCAGCGUGUCAGUCCCCACCUGCUGCUCGACAUCAACCUAGAGGCGCUCUUCGCAGGGGGCCUGGUGCCGCCGCCGGUGCCGCAGCUGCCCUCGCAUGCCCCCGUGCUGCUCUCCCUACCGCCGCCGCUAGUGCCACCGCUGGUGCCGUCAGGCGGCUCGCAGCUGUCGUCAGGGGUACAGGGGCUUGCACCCAAAGCAGGGCUGAAGGUGGGGCCGGGUGGGGGAGGAGGACAGCAGCAGCAGCCGGCGGAUUACUCGGAUCCGCUGCAGCGGUACCUACACCAGCAGCAACAACAGCAGCCUCAGCAACAGCAGCAGCAGGAGCGGUACCUGAAGCAGCCUCCUCAGCAGCAACAACAGCAGCGGCCGGAGGAGGUUCCAGGUCGGGCCGGCAGCAAUGGAGAGGGGUCGGGGGCGGGGGCUGGGGGAACAGGAGGUACAGUGGUAGGAGGCAGUGGCGGCGGCGGCGGGCUACCGCUGGAGAGCGCGUCAGUUGGGGCCUUCGCCUCCACCACCUCGUCUUGCCGGUGGUGGUCGCCGCAGUGGGCGCUGCACAAGCUGCAGACCGUGUACUGCGGGGCGGAGGUGUUGAGGUUGUCCGUGCACCACAGCAACCCCGCGCUGGCCUCCCUGCUGGGCUGCUCCGCCUCCGGGGAGUACGAGGGGCUGCUGGGGGAGCUGCUGGCGGGGGAGGCCAUGCUGCGGGCCGUGCUGUACGAGUGCUGCCUGUGCAUGCUGGAGGGGGUCACGUCCCCAGCCUCCCAGGUCAUGGUCAACCACCCGCUCCGCGGCUGCCCCUCUCGAGUGGUGCUCCCCAUCACCGUGCAACCCGUCGUAGUGUGGCGCCCAAACAACACCGCUACUACCAACGGCGCCAACAACAACAUCAACAGCGGGAACGGCCGCAAGCUGAACAACCCCAACAGCAACAUGGGCGGAAACACCAGUAACGUGAGGCAGCCUUCUCCCCUGGCUGCUCCACCCACCACCGCUUUGGCCGCUACAACGACCCCAUUUGUCACCGCCGCUGCUCUUGCUGCUGCGACUGCUGCUCCCAACUCCUCCUCAGCACCACCACCACCAACCACAGGCCCUGAACGCCCGCUCUCAACCGCAGCAGCAGCCGCGCCGGGUGCAGGCGCAGCAGCAGCAGGGGUGCAAGCCGAUGCCGUACCUGCCAUGGCUCUGGUGAUUCGCUACAACCUGUCCAACGGGCUGCGCUCCUCGCUGCAGCAGCUGCACCGCGUGUACGCCAUGCUGUCGAACCUGUCGGGCAUCGUGACGCUGUUCACGCUGCGAGGGCGGGUGCUGCACCAGAACACGGCAUCCAUCAGGUACAUGGGCCUGCGUCAGGGCUGCGGCGGGCAGCUGGAUGACCCACGGGUCAGUACCGACACCGACAACCCGCGCGACUCCACCGGCCUGUCCGUGGGCAGCCUGCUGGGGCAGAUCUUUGCGCUCAGCACGGAGCAGUUGGAGGACAUGUUGGAGGAUGUGGUGGAGGGGAAGACAUGGAAGGGCAUCGUGCGGGUGCCGGCGCUGCUGACGCCGACAACGGAUCCCGGGCCGACACGUGGCGUGUGUGGCGGCACGGUGGGCGGUGUGGGCUCGGUCACGGCUGAGAUGCUGCAGGCGCUGGUGGCGGGGGGAGCCACGGUGGGGACGACUGUUGCGAUGACACCCACGGGGUCGGGCGCACAGCUCCUGAACACCUGGGAGCGGCUGGGGCCCGCCCUGACGGGCGCGCAGGACGGCAGCGAGGGCGAGGCGCUCAGCGGGCUGGGCCACAUUGCCAGCACGCUGCUGGUGACCAACCCAGAUGACAACAUGACCGCAAUCAACACGGCGUCCUCUAACGUCAUCACGACCACCAUCCCCGGUGCAACAACAACUGCACCUGGUAACCGUAGCAACAACGGCAACGGCAACCGCCAAGACAGCCAACACCAAAAGAUCGGGGCGGCAGCAGCAGCAGCAGCAACCGGCAUGAGCGGCGUUUCUUCAGUGGAGACUUCCGCCGGUUCCGCAGCAUCAGCAGGUGCUAUGGUGGCAGCCGGUGCUGCUGGUUCCGGUGGGGGCGGGGUUGCCGGUAGGAGCCGAGGCACGCUGGUGGCGGGGGGCAUGAUGGCGGGAGAGGGCUGCAGCGGCUUCGCGGACAGCGGCGGGAUCCUGCUGCAAAUGGCGCUCGCCAGCAACAGCGGCACGGCAGCUAACAGCAGGCUGAGGCAGUGCUCCACCCGCUCCGGUGCGGAGUGGGCGGCGGCUGCUGCUGCGCCGGGGUUGUUGAUGGAUGGAUCCACGGGUGCAACACAUGCGGAAGGCUCCAUGCCCACGUGCAUCAUUGCCACUGGGGACACUGUGGCAAGCCGCCCCGAUGUUGGCACAGCCGCCUUUGCCUCCGCACCCUGCAGCCGCCCGCCCAACCCCUCCACACAUGGCGAUGCAAGCGCGACAGCCGUCAGCAGCUCAGCAUCCGCAACCGUCCCUGCUACCCAGGAGGCAAACCCAGCCACCACCGCUACCACCACCGCCCCCAGGACCCAGCCCGCCGCCACUCCCCAAGCCCCCCACCACCUCGCCCAAUCCGCGCCCGUGGUCCCCUCUGGCAACAAGAACAACAGCAGCAACAACGGCAACAACAGCCACACCGUUAACGGUAACCAUAACGGUAACAACCUUGGGUACACCCGCUCUGCGAUGCCGCUCCGAAUCGGCCUGGGUGGUGGUGCCCUGAGCUCCAACCUCGGAGGCUGUCGAGCCCUCAUGGAGAACGGUGGCAGCGGCGGCAACAGUGCAAACACCAGCGGAGGCGGCGGUGGAGGCGGAGGUUUGCUUGCGGACUUGGGAGACCUGACUUUAGCGAGGCUGCUAGAAGGAACGGGAGCCGGGCCGUCGGGCGCGGACGCAAGGCAGCACAGGACUGGGCUAACGGAUGCUGUACGGGCGUCGAUUGUACGGCGGAGGAGUGCAUUGAAGCUGACGGCCGGUACGGCGGACGAUAACCCGCUGUCCACGUCAACGUGGGGUCUGCUGGAGGGUGCCACGCGCGGCAGGGUGGAGUCCAAGUCCUUUUCGGUGCGCAACACCGCCCGCAUGCUCUCACAAGCCUCCCUCAAACGGACGGGAACCGGCACGUUGGGCGGCCCGCGCUCCUCCGCGGGCGCACACAGCCCCUGCGUCCUGGAGCGCUCCGCCACCUCCGCCACCCUGGAUGCUUGCGGUGGCGGCAACAACGGCCUGGCGUUACUGCCCGGCAGCCCCAACACCUGUGGAGCCACGAACAGCUCUCCCAACGUGCAGAAGAAACGCCCGCCCAGCCGCCUCAUGUCCUUCCUAGCGAACAAAAACAUUGCUGGCACCGGUGGCGGUGGCGGGAACGGUGGGGGCAUUGCCGGCGGCGGCGGCGGUGGCGGUGGCGGCGGGGGUACACUUGCAGCUACAGGAUCCUCAAAGUCCAUGUCCAACGGACACCACGACUGGUCGGCCUCCGCCACAGACGCACUGGUUCCCACAGACACGGGUACCGUGCCGGCUUCCUCCAUCAAGGCGGCAUCCACUACCGACCUAGAACUGGUGCCUUCAUCAUCCUCCCGAAGUGCCUUUCCAGGCGUCGGAAACGGCAGCGGCUACACCCCCCCACGGAGCGCUGCACCCUCCGGUACCGGCCUCCUGUCCUCCGCAUCCUCAUCCAUGCUGCCGCCCUCGCUGUCCCCCUCCGUGGCGCCUGCAGCCGCAGCCAUGCGCUCCUCACCCACCGCAGCAGCCAGCGCGACGGGCCCGGCUCCACGCAGACCCCCGGGUCGCCGUGUGCUGCGGCCGGCCAUCGAGGAUGUUGCCGAGGAAAGCGGCGCGGAGAAUGGCGGCAGCCGCGGACCCACUUGCGGUCAGCUGCCGUUGCCGGCGGCCAUGCUGCCUCACCUGUUGGCGCUGCGCAACAGCUCUCGAGGCGGGCUUGCUGCCGCCCUGGGGAGCAACCAAGGCCUGGGUAGUGGGUCCGAUGCACCGCCGAGCUAUGGUGGUUCGUUUGCGGGCUUUGGCGGCGCUGGCGGGUCGUUUGGGGGUUUUGGAGCGGCGAGUGCAAGUGUUGGCUGCGGCAGCGUCGCCGGGAUCGGUGGCGGCAGCGUCGCCGGCGUUGGCGGCGGCGGCGGAACCAGCUUGCUAGAGGCCGCGGAGGAUGAGGAGGAUUGCUGGCAUGAGGUCACGGCGUCGUGCCUGCGAGACCCGGUCAGCGGGGAGCAAACGCUGAUGCUCAUGCAGGUCGACGUGUCGGCGCGUGUGCGAGCGGAGCGCAAGAUCGCCGAGGUGCUGGAGGCGGAGCACAAGCUGCUGGAGAGCGUGUUCCCGAGGCAUGUGUUGGAACUGGCUGCGGCGGGGCAGCAGACCAAGGGCGCGCGCGGCGGUCGAGGCGGUCUGGCGGCCAGCAAGUUUAGCCUGGCGGAGCUGCCGCUGGCGCAAAACUGCGCCUCCGUGGCCACCUACCACCCCAUGGUGACCAUCCUGUUCAGCGACAUCAUAGGCUUCACCAGCAUGUGCCACGAGAUCCCCGCCACCAAGGUCAUGGAGUUCCUGAACAACCUCUACUCCAGGCUGGACACGCUCCUUGACGUCUACGGCGUGUACAAGGUGGAGACCAUUGGAGACUGCUACAUGGUUGCUGGCGGGCUGAUGGCUCGUGACGCAGACGGCUUCAUGACGGUUCGUGGCCAGGACAGCAUGGAUGAGCUGCACGCGGCCAAGGUCAUGUCGUUUGCAAAGGCCAUGCUCCGAGAGACUGCGGAGGUGCUGCUUCCCACCACCGGAGCGCCGGUGCAAAUGCGAAUCGGGUUGCACAGCGGCCCCGUCAUGAGCGGCAUCGUGGGCUCCAAGAUGCCCCGGUUCUGCCUGUUUGGGGACACAGUGAACACCGCCAGCCGCAUGGAGAGCACCUGCCCCCCCGGCUGCAUCCACGUCAGCGCCGCCACACGGGAGAUCUUGCAGGAUGAGAGCUGGGAGCCCACGGGGGGCGUGCAGGUCAAGGGCAAGGGCUUGAUGGAGACAUUCCGCUGGAUCCCACCCGACAUGGAUGGCGCGGGAGGCUGCGGAGGCCGCAACCGCGCCCGCCGCCUCUCCUCCGGCGCUUACAUCGGGACCUCACACCCCACCCGCGACGCCUGCGACCCACAACUUCCCAGCCACCACCACCAUCACCACCACCACCUUGGUCAGCAACAGGGACACGCUGCUGGCGUGAAAAGAGGCGGGCAUGCGCAGUUGGGUGGCGCAUCUGCUGAUGCCGCCACUGGAGCUAAUAGCGGCGGUAAUGGAGCUGCUGGUGGGGAGCCCCGGGAAGCGGGAGCAGAAGCAGGAGGCGAAGGCGGUGCUGCUGGGGAGACGGUCCAAUUUGGUACAGGACGCCCGGCGGGUAGGAGCGGUGUGCGGGCGGCAUCGGCGGUGGUCUCGUUUGCAACGGCGGUAGUCCCGGGUAGCGGCGGGGAGGGUGCUGACGGUGGUGGCAGGGGCCCGACUGCGGCGGAGGCAGCGGCCGCUGGGAGCGCAGCAGCAGCGGGGCUGGCACCCGGGUUUGGGCGGGGGAGCGCUGGUUUUGCGGCGGGGCCUGGUGCUGGUGCGCCCAUGCGGCGGCGGCCGCAUCGCAGCUGCAGCACCACUGUCCUCGCAUACAAGGCGCAUGGAAAGGUGUCUUAAUUGUGGUACGCCGUCCUAGGUUGCAGGGGGGAUGUUUGGAGGGGCAUGGGGACUUGAUGGAACGAAGGCCUGGUUAAGGGAGCGAUGGAGGUCAACUGAGGCGCCUUUUAUCAUUUGGAAAGGACCGUGUGAAGGGUGCAGUGGAGAGCGAAGGACGUGGGGCACUUUUGGAAGCUGGCUGCACAAGCCGAGCGGAGUUGUUGUUCGAGUAAAGGGUAUGGGGGUGCGACGUUUUGGUUGGCGUGGUAGGCAGGUUGUGGAGGGAGGGAGCGUGGUGGCGAGGGGUGAAGGCAGGAGUGCGACGGGGUUUGGAUGGCUGUGGGAAUGGAUGGUUAUGCGAUGAUAGCUCAACCUGGCAGGCGUCAUUUCGAGACGAGAUGUACGGUAUACCUUGUUUAAAUCCGAUAACCCGGUGGCGCGUUGCAAAGGGAUGUGACAAGGAAGUAGGGGAUGUGCCUUGUCAUGUGUGGACGGCUCAGCUGGAGUAGUUGACAACGCUCCUAAGCUGUCUGUUCUUUGAGUUCGGCAGCAUUAACACCUUGACAAUAACGCAUGCAUGGCUUGUGUAGCUAACAGUAAUUGAGCAGAGCCCGGCUGUUUAUUUCGGCAUGUUUGUGUUGUGAGGAUACGGCGCACAGAUAGAGGGGCUGUCUCACAAGGGGGCUUGCUACCAGCCACGCUGUACAUGUGUUGGGAGCAUGGUGGCUAGGGAGCUGCAUGAGUGUUGGCAGCUUUGCACUGCCGGAGCAGGAUCCGGCCGCGGUUAUUACGUGCUGUUGUCGCAGGCGCUGGUACCGUGUAUAUUGGAUGGCUUUCUGUGUACCCUUGUUUCCUGCGUGCACGUUUGCGCAUCAGCAGCGGGCCUUGCUUGAUGUGCGAUGUUGUAGCAGCAACUGGGGAGGCUCCCUUAGCUACCGGUAUUAACUGCUGUACAGCAAGCCAUCUUGCUUCUGAGUUAGCCUUGGUAGUUGUAUUCGGUUGUGCACUCAGACUGCUACAGGCCGUGUUCACCAUUGAUGGUCAUUGUUGAUGCUGGGUUGGCACGAAAGUAUCCUUUACCAUGAUUGCUUGCUCCUUUUCCUGACCUUAUUAAUCGAUUUCACGUUCUCAUUGAAGACAUACCCCUCCCGGCAGCUAUGUCCGGCUAUGCGGCUGUGGGUGUCACUAUGGUUGUCAUUGCAGCUUUGGGUGUUGUUCUUACAUGUCGGCAAGAACCAACGCGGCAUCAUGGAAUCCAGGACAAUAUUGCAUGGGUGCUUCAUCAAAUAUAGUGGGGCAGGCAGGGGGCUACUUUGGCUUUUGUGGACUGGGAGGUGUCCAACGUGGACCCGGCUUCCGGCUGUGCAGGGGCCGUGGGUGGCUCAGGAGGGUUGUGGAAGUAAACCGUGCGCUUACAUAGGCCGGUGUGCGGCCCGGCGUGUGUGCAUUUGUAUGGGUUUUCUUGACACCCGUGCACGUAUGGGGAAUGAGAAGCUCACAAGGCGCUUAAUGUGGCAUGGCGCCUUGAGUUUGAGCCGCGCAUGGUGUAGGUAGUUGGGUUACAAGCUGCUGCUGCUGCUACGUUCACUGGAAGUACGGCGGUAGAUAACAGCUGGCCAGACCGGGAAAUCCCGUUAGUCCUCUGACAACCAAGGGGUGCGGGGCUUGGGUGUAUGGAUCUAUUUGGUUUUGCAAUCGAGAGGUCCUUACAUGUUUAGUUGGUGUGAGUGGUGUCGGCCUAAUUUACAUUACUGCCAUCGACAAACCCCGCCCCCUCAUCGCUCGCGGGCAUAGGGCAGCGAGGUGGCAUGGCAUGGGGAAUGAGUGCCCUCUGCUGCCUGUGCAAGCCGUGUAUGAAGGCAGGGUACUGAAUCCAACUCCCCUUGGCCAGUGAUGCUGUGUUAUUAAUUCAUAUGUAGCGGGAUGCAUGGCUAGGUCUAACAGUUGAACAUUUUAACGUAGCGUACCGUAAAAGCCCGGAGCGGCAGGGAUGGAUGGUGAGUGUUGUGGGCUAGCCAGAUGUGUGGUGCCCUGCCUUUCCCUGCCUUGGAGAACUCUGUUGGUGCUAGUUCCAUGCCUACGCUGCAGGCCUCAUGCAUGCCACAUGAUGUAUGGGAGUCGGGGCCCGGCUUGGCUGGGCCAGCUGGGCAGGGAUCCGCACGUAUCUGAGGACCGGGCUGAGUAUAGUGUUGUUUAAAUGUUGUUUGUGUGGUAGAGUUGGCGUUGGUGGCGUCGGGCAUCUCGAUCGGACAUCAUCAUGUGCUAUUGUAUGGAAGGAAAACGAUGGCCCGCUUAACGGGCCCACAAGAUGAAGAGAAAAAAGGAGGAAAAAAUGGGUUUAUGUUGGUGAUAAUCGCGGUGGUGGUGGUGGUGAUGAGGAUGGGUGGUGGUGGGAAUGGUAUUGGGUAUGAAGAGAACGAACCUGGUUCGUGUUGGCCUGCUGGAGAGUGUGGCAUGGCGUGGUGACGUAUGGCAGGGGCAGUGGUAUGGAUGGGGUCAUCAGAUGACUGUGAAGGCGUCAUGAGGCUUCUAUCUCAUGUUGCCCAUAGUGGGGAUGCAUGCUUGGCUUACUUCGGCCGCAUCCCGGCCAUCAUCUGGUGUCGUUUUGACCUACACCCUUUCGCCCCUUCCUUGGCCUCUUGGCGGUUAUUGAACUUCGGCUGAUCGGCCUAGCGUGCUAACCUCAGGCAGCCCCCAGUCAUCACAUACUUUGUUAGUGGUGUAUGCGCCCCCUUAAUAUCAUGUGCGCCCACUUCAAUGCUGUCGUAGCUAUCUUGUUAGGAGCAUUGCUGUGUGUGUGGCGCACACUGUUUUGCUGGGCAAGUCGUGAGUGCCCCAGUUGUACUCUUAUUGUUCCUUGCAGGGAUAACGAAUGCCCAUGAAACACGGCUGGUCAAUGUCCAAUGAUCUGUUUACGCUAAGCCUUACGUACACGUAUUGGCGUUGUCCGCAAGUCUGGGUUGGCGUCCUGAUGCUGCGAGGAUGAGCGAGGACAGGGCUUAGUAGGCUCAUUAGCAGGCACUUGUUGUCAGAGAUACGGAGAUUGUAAACCCGGGAGGCUGGUAGGCUGUAAACCCGAAGGCUGUUUCCCAUGUUAAGCAAGAACGUUCAUACUGAGCAGGUGAGGGUGUUAACCACUGCAGUUAACAGGACAACGCUUGAUCUACCCGUUUAAACAGUGUUGUAUGUCUGGAGGAGGUGGUAAAGAAAGAAUGUGUGUGCUUUCAAUCUGCACCACUUACGAAGGCAAUUCGAGGAAUGUUAAGUGAACUGGUCUUUUCUGGUGGUAGGUGUUGGGCGGUCAGGUGGAAGAGGUGGGGUGAUGAGAAGCUUUGGUGGUGCGUACGGUGCGGAUGUGGUUCAGGGAUGUAUGCCCCCGUUAAUUGUGAUGAUGUAACGUUGAAAGAGAUUCCAUAAUACGUUUCACAAUGCGUUAUGUGAUAUAACAAUGCCUGCAGGCUCGUCUGCAUGGCGUGAGGAGGAAGAACCGAAGAAAGGCUAGAUGGAGAAGAAGGCAUGGGAAGUAUACAUGGUGCGCGGGGCAGGGGCCGUACUUAUAGACUGUACCUCGUUAUCAAACGAAGCUCAUCAGGGUUGUUUGGCGGUAGGAGAGCUCGUGUGCCACUGGACGGACGGCCAAACGCGCUGUGACACGUGCACGAUUGUAGUGGAGGGUGUUUGCCUUUUCACUGGCCCCUUUCUUUCAUUGCUUGUACGUGUGCUUAUGCAAUGGAUGGGUCCAUACAACUGUCGGAGUGUGCUUUUAGGAUUUAGCUAAUUUAGGGUACCUAAGGCCACAUAGGUGUACCUUGGCCGCAAGCUGCUUGAAGAGUCGCGGGCCGCUUAAUCAGCUCCAUGUGUCAAUCUGUAUGUGCAAUUUACGGAUGGUACCGGGAUGGGUAGCCCUUGGGCUUAGUGCCGAGGAGCAUCUGGCCAACCCUGGUCUGUUUGUUGAUGAGGGCUGUCCCUGUAAAUCCUGAUAGAGAGAGUGUGUGUUUGCGUUCGUGAAAGAGAACACGGCCGAGAGUUCGGUGGAGGUGAUAAGCAGAUGAUCAUGAAAAGGGUCUUGUGUUUCACUGCUGACCUCCACACAGGGACCCGUGUUCGGGCUUAGCGAGAGGGCUACUUCGCGGUAAUGUAUUGCAACUAUGAUGCAUGUCAUUACAGGCGUUGGGAGUUGUGAUGGGGUCCGUCAGUAAAUGGGCGGAAAUGCCAAGUCGCAAGGAAGUGCAAAGAUAACAUCGAAACGUGCUAUCACAGGAGACUAGGACUCACUGAAGACUAGGACAUCGACUCGCCUGCGCUUCCCCAGCGUAGCAACCGUG